AUGCGUGCCUUUAUUGCUUUGUCAGCUUUGUUAGCAGUUUGCUGUGCUGCUCCCCAGUAUGGUUAUGUACAUCCCGAAACCAACAUUGGAUUACCUUUGGUCUCUGGCGGUCAUCGUGGUGGUGAUAAAUAUUUACCACCCGCAGUCAAACCUGUUGAACCAAUUGUACGCAAGCAGUUCUAUGUAAUCUCAGCACCCGAGGAUAACGACAACAAGGGCAGAACUAAACAUUUGGUAUUGGGACGCCCACAAACGAAUUAUCGUGUUGUAUUCAUUAAGGCUCCUAGCUCCGGUGCUGGUAAUGUUAAGUACUCCGCCGAAUUUGCACCACAACAAGAGAAGACUGUCAUUUAUGUGCUGAACAAGAAGGAGAAUGAAUUGGAGGCCGGUGAUAUUGCCACACCAGCACCCACCGCUCCCAGCAAACCUGAAGUCUUCUUUAUCAAAUACAAGAAUGAUGAUGAGGCCAAGCAAGCCCAAAAGGAAAUUCAAGAACAAUACAACAAACUCGGUGGCACCAAUGAAAUUGCCGAAGAAACCACAGCCCCCAUUACCUCGGUCAUCGGUACUUUGGAAAGCCUUAACCCUGAUGGCAGCUACAAUUACCGCAAAACCAAUGAAAAUGUCGGCACCAUUGAAACGCCAAAUACCCAAUAUUUGCCUUCAGCAUUGAAAGCAUAA